AUGGCCGCUUCAGACGGGGUGGAAGAGACGCGACCUCUCAUCAACAACAACCCCGAGCUUCAGACCUACUACCAAUCGCUUGAGUCACGCAUCGGCUAUAGGCUUGUGCUCGGCGGCACUCGCCACUUUGGCUACUGGGACAAUGACUCCUGGUGGCCCUUUCCCAUCACUCCUGCCCUUCGCAAGAUGGAGCAGAAGAUGUUUGAGCGACUCAACCUUCCGGAGGGAGCGUCUGUACUAGACGCAGGGUGUGGUAUCGCACAUUGGAUUCCUGAUGCCUCCUUCGAGGGAAUCUACACCAUGGAAACGCUUGUACAUGCCACUGACCUGGAGCGCGUCCUCCGCGGCUUCUACCGCAUCCUCAAGCCCGGUGGUCGACUAGUGGAGCACGAAUACGAGACCGUCAACGUCGCCUUGGCCGAGGCUACCGGCAGCCUUGCCGACGACGUUACAUCGGUGGUCAGCCUAAGCGCCAUGCCUCUCGACCUGAUGAGGGAGGGCCACCUCAAGAAAACACUUGAGGAUAUUGGCUUUGUGGAUGUGAACAUCCGGGACUACUCGGACAACGUCCGGCCAAUGCUGCGGCUCUUUUACUGGAUGGCCAUUAUACCAUACUUCUUCGUCAAGAUCCUCUGCCUGGAAAAAUACUUCGUUAAUACUGUCGCUGGUGCGGGCGGCCUGCGGGGUCAGAAGUGUUGGAGAUAUAUCUCAGUCAGCGCCUCAAAACCUGGUGCUGCUGUGGAAUCGGCCAAGACGAAAUAG